GCGUAUCUAAAAUAAAAUACAAAAUGGCCCGGGUUGAACAACAAUGUGCUACUGAGGGAUCUACAAGUUCUACCUAUUUGCAGCUUUCUUAUUUUACGAUUUAUCUCACACAAGGAAUAGAGAUCUUAGAAUAUUACACAAAGGUGCCCUUCUAUCAUGUUCUUUUCGAAGCUGUCUUGGUGAUUUGGAUCAUUAGACUGAUAACCAGCAAGACCUUUAGAUUCAGGGAACAGAAGAUUGAACUCACUGAGAGGGAAGAGGAGGAACUGAUUGAAGAGUGGCAGCCAGAACCAUUAGUACCAGCAACACCAACAUACGAAUUAGAUACACUCACUCCCAAAGUGGUACAGGGGAAACCAGGUCAUACUUUGAAUAUAGAUGACAAAGAGUGUCUAAACUUUGCAACAUUUAAUUUUCUUGGCUUUGUGGGAAAUGAAAAGAUAGAGGACACAGCCAUCAAAAGUUUACAUCAAUAUGGUGUAGGUUCCUGUGGUCCCCGUGGUUUUUAUGGGACAAUAGAUGUACAUCUGGAGUUAGAGGAAAGACUAGCCAAAUUCAUGGGAACUGAAGAGGCUAUCCUAUAUGCCUAUGGAUUUUCUACAAUAGCAAGUGUGAUUCCUGCAUACUCCAAAAGAGGGGAUGUUAUUUUCUGUGACAAGGGAGUAUCUUUUGCAAUUCAAAAAGGACUGGUGGCUUCCAGAAGUCGUAUAAUGUGGUUUGAGCAUAAUGACAUGGAAGAUCUUGAAAGGCUUUUACAUGAACAGAAGGAGAAAGAUGACAAAAAUCCCAAGAAAGCAAGUGUAACAAGAAGAUUUUUAGUAAUAGAGGGAAUUUCAGUCAAUUAUGGUGACAUUGCACCUCUUCCAAAAAUAAUUGAAUUGAAAUAUAAGUACAAAGUUCGUCUCAUCAUUGAUGAAAGUGCAUCAUUUGGGGUUCUUGGGCAAGCUGGUCGAGGAUUGACAGAGCACUUUGAUGUCCCGAUUAAAGAUGUCGACAUGAUAUCUGUUUCAAUGGAGAACUCAUUAGCAACUAUUGGAGGGUUCUGUUGUGGAACAUCAUUUGUAGUUGAUCAUCAGAGACUGUCUGGUGCUGGUUACUGUUUUUCUGCAUCUCUCCCUCCUAUGUUGGCCUCAGCGGCAAUUGAAGGGUUAAAUAUCAUAGAAGAAAAACCAGAAAUGUUUGAGGAACUCAAAGAGAAGGCAAAACUAUUGUAUGGAGAACUUGAAAGCCUCAAAGGACUUCUACGUGAAGGAUCGGAGGGAUCUCCAAUUCUACACCUGAGACUUCAGGAACCAUUUGAAACAUUUGAGGAAGAUGAAGAGAAAUUGAAACAAGUUGUUGAUUAUGCUCUGAAGAAUGGUGUAGCACUUACAGUAGCAAGAUAUCUUAAAAAUGAGGAAAAAUUUCUGCCACCUCCAAGCAUCAGAGUGACACUGAAUAUUCAGCUGACAACUGAAGAAAUCAAACGUGGAGGCGAAGUUAUAAGAGAAGCUGCAGAGAGUGUAUUUGGCCAGUGAUCUAG